AUGCGGCGCUCCCACCGUUCUGCGCCGUGCAGCGCGUCAACCUUGACAGCAAGGUGUGUUUGCCUGGUCUUUUUGGCGAACUUGUGCCAUGUCUCCUUUGUCAACUUGUCAGAGGUAUCCCAAGGCUUGAGGACUGGCAUCACGCCAGCGCGGGCACUUCCAGCGGAGCAGAAAUUCAGCAAUGACAAAUUGCGCGCAGAGACAGAGGAUCCUUUUGCCAAGGUCAAAGUUGCCUUGUUUGGAUUCCUGACAGCAGACCAACCGGACUACUGGAACCAAGUCUACAAAGUGCAAAGCCUGCACGGGCGCUCCCUGUACGAGUGGUACGGCCUUGGCUACCAGCAAUUGCACAGUUCUUUGAUGGAGCUGCUCGAGCCGCUGCCUGCACACUCCACCACAGCCAGGCUGCUGGUGCUUGGAAGCGGCGACUCCGCUCUGAGUGCCGAGCUGGCUUCGGACCAGGUUUUCGAGAAUGUCGAGGUCAUCAGCAUCGACUUCUCAGCUGAGGUGACAGAACGGAUGAGGCGGAGAUUCCCUGAUUUAACUUUCCUCACAAUGGAUGCCAGGAACAUGUCAGAUUUCGAUGAUGGCUCUUUUGUGGCUGCCAUUGACAAAGGCUUGUCUGACUGCCUCGGCACAGUUGCGUCUCGGAGACAGUACUUCCAGGAGGUGCGACGGGUGCUUGUUCAAGCCGGCCGGCUGCUUGUCGUGUCGCAGCGAAGGCUGUGGGCAGGUCAAGAUUUGCUGUCAGAUGAUGACGAGGAUGAGCCAGAUACUUUCCGUGAGCUGCACUCAGAGGCUCAUGACCUGGGACCCGGCUGGUCCUGCAAGGAGCAGGAGAUGUAUGGGCCCCUCUUUAUGGAGAGUGACGAGAAGCAGCCUCCCUUUCCACAGCCGGGCACGGAAGGCACCAUCCCUUAUUUCUUGUUGGCUUGCCGCGUUUCUUCGACCGAUGACGGCAGUUGA